UCAAUUGACACUGCUUGACUAUAUUUCCAAUAUGAGUCUAGGAAUGAAUAUCUCGUCAGUAGCUUAAAUCGGGAAGCAGUAUGAAUUAGAGGAAAUGCACAAUCUGAGUAGAUGUAAUUUGUUUUAUUUGGCUCUAUUUCCAAGUUACUAUAUCAGGCUUGAUAAAUCUUACCUUAUCAGAAAAAAAAAAUAUCAGGCUUGAUGUGGAGAACAAGUUCUAGGUCAACAUAAGCUAAUGCUUUACGAUGUCAGUACUUGUCAGAACAUAAACUCGAAUAGCCAACCAGCGCAAUAUUCUUGUUUUUUCCUCAGAAACUAGGUGGAGAAUCUGCCUUAUAUCACUGCUGCAAUAACAGCUGUUUUGACCAAGAUAAUGUAUCUGCUGUUUUUUAAAGCUGCUUCAUUGUUGCUGGAAAGGAUAAAUGCUAUUUGAGAAAAUUGACAAGAUGAGAAACCUAAAAAGGAAGUUACCCCCGAUAUUUGGCCGAGUUCAAGACUGGUGCUGAACAUAAUUUGGAGGUUUCUGAGAGCUCUCACUGCCUACAAAGCUGCUCAGACAUCAGAUCUCGAGAACUUUAGAGGAAGGGAAGGAAAAGUUACUUAGCGAGAAUUACAUACAUGGAAAAAGGAAAAGAAAAUGAAGGAGAAAGAGAGAAAGGGGAAGCAAACAACUCAUUGAUGACAUCUGCUGUAUUUCACAAGGACAUUGACAAUCUGUUGGAUUUUAUAGAGAGGCUAAAGAAUCGACGAGAUCAAAUUGCUCUUGACAUAGAUGAAAAUGAAAAUCUGACAAUGCUGCUGAAGUUUAUGUCAUCAUUUUUUCAGCUUUUUUAUUUCAUUCCCGGUGGUUUGGAUGCCGAAAAAUCUUGCAUGUUAUAUGAGUUUCAUGGUCUGGUUCAGUCACUUUUUCAUCAGAAUGGAGAUGACAUGCUGCGUAAAUUGACGGAUGAUGUCCCUACUUGCCUCCUGGAAAAUAUGGUAAGUUGUCUCAGCUCAUAUCAUAAUUCUGAACCAAGUGCCACUAUGACUGAGGAUCAGUUGGUCGUAUCUAUGACUGAGGAUCAGUUGGUCGUACUUUUGGACGCCCUCCUCGUGUAUCUCCAUGAUCAAUCCAAGUUGUUUGCUAAGUUGAUUUGCCCAUUAAAGACUGAAUAUGAGGUUCUUCAGAAUGUAUGUGGUAAUUUAAGAGAUUUCCAUGGGCUAAAAGUAAAUAAUUACAUUGAGUAUGAGACAAUUGAAUAUGUCUUGUCUCAGUUUCAACUUAUGGCUGAGAGAGUAAAACACUUCUGUUUUGCCUUUUUGGCUUAUCAUUUUAAAAUGAUAGCUGACGUCCCUCAAGUCAAGCUAGCUCAUCUGCUUCUGGAGAUUGUUCCUGUUCAACUGGAGGUUAUGCACAUAUGUUGUACAAAUUUGAAAGCUUCAAAAUCAGCAGAAGUUGGACACUUCAAGAAGCAGCUCUUAGAAGCCUCUCCCGACAUUCUUAGAGAAUAUCUGAUUCAUCUACAAGAGCAUAGGGUAAAUGUUAUUACUCUUAGCACUUCAGCUCAAAACAUUUAUGUCAUGAUAGAGUUUCUAUUGAUUAUUCUCACAGAUUUGCCCAAAGACAUUAUUCAUCACGACAAACUGUUUGUAUUCUUGUCACGUGUUGCAACUCUUACUAGGGAGGUAUCCAUUCUGGUUCGCAACACAGAAGAGAACUCAAGGAAUGAAGAGAAUACGAAUGAAACAAGUUAUACAAGUCUAGAUUUACGGGGAAAUAUUGAAUUCCUGAAGGAAGAUCUCAAAUAUGUUUUCUUGAAAGCCCCUGUAGACUCACAACAACUUUGCUUCCCCAAUAGUGAUGGAUCACUCUUCAUGAAUCUUCUACUCAUAAACUUAAAUGGUUUGCUCAAUUCCAAUGCUUAUGCAAUUGCUUUGAUUAAGGAAGAAAUUGGGUUGAUGAAAGAAUACCUACAGUUCAUAAGAUUGUUCUUUGGGAAUGUUGAGCAAGAAUUGAAUAGGGAUCUUUGGACUCGUGUUCUAGAUGUGGCAUAUGAGGCAGAACAUGUCAUCAAUUCAAUUCUUGUCAGAGAUCAUGGUCUCUUGCACCUUAUUUUCUUACUACCUGAUACCGUUGAAAAGAUCAAGCUUAUCAAGAAAGAGGUACAGGAAAACAUGAGUCUUAUUGUUGUAAACUCUCCCAAUAAACAAGUUGAAAGAAAGCCAUCAAAAAAGCAAGUUGGGCAAAUAAUUGUAGGCUUUGAGGAGGAGAAAAACCUGUUAAUUUCACAGCUUACCAAUCGACUAGCAGAGCUAGAUGUUAUUUCGAUCAUUGGCAUGCCUGGUGCAGGUAAAACUACUCUUGCGUACAAAGUAUUCAAUGAUAAGUCAGUUACUAGUCAUUUUGAUAUUCGUGCAUGGUGUACAGUCGACCAAGAGUAUGACAGCAAAAAGGUGUUGCAUAAAUUUUUUAAUCAAGUCACUGGUUUAGAUGCGGAAUUUACCGAGGAUUUUGAUGUUUAUGAUGAGCUUCGAAAAACGCUGCAUAGUAGGAGAUACCUUAUUGUUUUGGAUGACUUGUGGGAUACUAAAGCAUGGGAUGAGCUAACAAUGCCUUUUCAUGAUUUUCAGAAAGGAAGUAGAAUUAUUUUAACAAGUCGAGAAAAGAAAGUGGCUUUGCAUGGAAAACGUCAUAGUGAUCCUCUUAACCUUCGAUUGCUAAGACAAGAAGAAAGUUGGGAGUUAUUAGAGAAAAAGGUAUUCGGAGAAGAAAGCUGCCCUGAUGAACUAAGGGAUGUUGGAGAAGAAAUAGCCCUAAAGUGUGAUGGUCUUCCUUUGGCACUUGAUCUGAUUGGUGGAAUCAUUGCGAAGAUGGAAAAGAAAGAGGAUUUGUGGCUGGAAGUUUUAAAUAAUUUGAAAUCCUUUAAGAAUGAAGGGGAGGUGAUGGAGGUUAUAGAGUUAAGUUAUGACCAUUUAUUGGAUCACCUAAAGCCAUGCUUGCUCUACCUCGCAAGCUACCCAAAGGACACAAAUAUUCAAAUCUCUCAAUUGAAUGACUUAUGGAGUGCCGAAGGGUUUGCGGAACAAAAUGACAUAAAGAGUGUGGAAGAAGUAUCUGAGUCUUAUGUUGAUGAGUUAAUUUCUAGUAGCUUGGUAAUACUUUUCAAUGAGAGAGGUAUCAGUGACCGGAGUAUCAAAAUUCAUGAUCUCGUGCAUGAUUUUUGUUCGAGAAAAGCUGAAAAGAAAAAUUUGCUAGGCUUUGUAAGAUCAAGGGAUCCAUCCUCUUUUUCAGAUCUGAUGCCACGGGGAAUGAUCAUUCAUUAUGAUCAUUCAGAAGAAAGUUUUGUCCUGUUCAGCCCAGAAAAGAAAAAUCCUUAUGUUAAACACCUCCUCUCUUUGAAGGUAGACAUGGAUGAAUAUGGGAUGCCCAACAAGCUUCCCGAAAACUGUCACCUAAGACACUUGAGGCUUCUUACACGGUUGGAGCUGCUCCACAUAACUUUGACAGAUUCUACGCUGAAUGAAAUAGGCAUGCUUGUUCAUUUGAGGUGCUUAAACAUUCGAACAGAGGCAAGAGCUUUCCCUCCAUCAUUUGCAAACCUCUUGAAUCUGGAAACUCUGGUGGUGGAUAAUGGUCGAUCAUUAAUGGUAAUAUCACCUAGUAUUUGGAGUCUUCCAAAGCUACGACAUGUGAGCAUGAAUAAAUUUUUUCUCUUUGAACCGACCAUCGACAAACCAACAGUGUUAGAAGAAGAGUUGAAGUUAGAGAAUUUGAGAAUAUUACAUAAGCCCGCCAUUUUCUGUUUGGAAGACAGAAAGGAGAUAUUCAAAAGGUUUCCCAAUCUUCGAAACCUUAAAUUCAGCAUUACCAUACCAAGGAAUUUCAGAUCAGAUGCAAUAGACGAGGAAAUUUGUUUUCCAAGAUUGGAUGUCCUUAAUGAACUUGAAGAAGUUUCUGCAUAUUUUAGCGUCAAGUGGCACAAUGCACAUCAGUGGGAUUUUCACUUUCCUUUGAGCUUGAAAAAAUUGGAGCUAAGACGGUUUGAUCUGACAUCCGAUUCGCUAUCAAGAAUUGCGAGAUUACCCAACCUUCAAAAACUGUGUUUACACAGCUUAACCAUCCAGGGUAAAGAAUGGAACGCUGAGGAAGUCACCUUCCACAGUCUCAAAUCGCUAAAGUUGGCAUGGGUGUCUUUUUCUGAAUGGCAGGUUGGGGAGGAAUCGUUUCCUGUGCUGGAAGAACUACAAUUACGACACUGUACUGAGCUUACAGAGAUCCCAGACAGUUUUGGGGAUAUUCCUUCAUUGAAGUCCAUCGCACUGGAUAGCAACCCUCAACUCGAAGAUUCAGCCCUAAGGAUUAAGGAAUAUGUUUCAGAAAUGACGGGAAAAGACAAGCUUGAGUUAAAGUAGUCCUUAUAUGCACAAAUCUCUAGCGCAUAUAAAGGUUUCCAUACAAUUUACUUUGGCCAACACAUCAACCUGUAAAGGCUUCAAAUGAUGGAUCAUACUCAGACUUCUAAUGUCUUAUUCCAGCUGUUUCCUUUCCAUUUCUUUUAUUCCAUUGUGGCCAAAAAACUGAUUGUCAUUUGUGACUCGGAUUUCUGUUCAAUUUCUUCUUCUUUUUUUUGAAGAGCGGGAGAAGCAGCUCGAGGUCGUCAUGUGUGCUUGCCGCUAGAGGUUAUUCUGGUCAUUUCAGGUUUAGUCUUUAAUUUCUCUUAGAACAGCUGCAGGCACCCUAACACUGACAGCAGCAAAGUAGCCGCCUAGAUUAUGAUCGGCGCUUGGUUUCUCUGUUGGUGGCUCAACGCGUGCACUUCCAUUUUUUAUAUCCGGAUUUGAUGUUAAAAUUUUAUAGAUUGCUUGAACUGCAAAUGUCGACUGUUGAAAAGCAUUUACCGUCAGCUUGUUCAGAAAAGGAAGCAACAGUACUCAACAGAAACCGUCUCUAAAAUUAACCGUAGGAGACGUGAUCUAUACAAGCAGUUAUCGGUUGAUAAAAAAGAAUUGCUUUUAACGCACUGCCGAUCAAAAAAACUUGAAUUAAAAAACGAUUCGACUGCGCUGCUUGAAUAUACGAAACAAGCUGCUGGGUUUGAGCUGCAUACAGAAAAACCUCUGACAAUAGUCGACGCACCAUGCGUUGCUGAGAAAGGUAUAUCUUCAGUUGUAGGGGCAGUAGUUGAUUGUCACAAGGGAAAAAAUAUUACUGAUCACUUCUCCGUUUUUGAACAUGUUCGACCUCUGGUGCACCUUGUGACCAACAUCAUAUAGAGACAUCUGCUGUCAUAAACAAAGGAAAAAGAUAAUGUUUUUACCUCCGCCUGUGUUCAAAUUAUAUUGUAACACAGGCGAUCCCAAGCCCGAACAAAGGAGGAGGGUCUAUUGUCUAUUGGUAUUUUAAAGAGAUCUUCUAAAGUAAAAUGUUUUCACAAGCUGGUACUAACAG